AUGUCGGCUGCGCCGGGCCUCCUGCACCAGGAGCUGUCCUGCCCGCUCUGCCUGCAGCUGUUCGACGCGCCCGUGACCGCCGAGUGCGGCCACAGCUUCUGCCGCGCCUGCCUGAGCCGCGUGGCUGGGGAGCCGGCGGCGGACGGCACGGUGCCCUGCCCGAGCUGCCAGGCACUCACGCGGCCGCAGGCGCUCAGCACCAACCUGCAGCUGGCGCGCCUGGUGGAGGGGCUGGCGCAGGUGCCGCAGGGCCACUGCCAGGAGCACCUCGACCCGCUCAGCAUCUACUGCGAGCAGGACCGAGCGCUCGUGUGCGGCGUGUGCGCCUCGCUCGGUUCGCACCGCGGCCACCGCUUGCUGCCCGCCGCCGAAGCUCAUGCGCGCCUCAAGACGCAACUGCCGCAGCAGAAGCUGCAGCUGCAGGAGGCGUGCAUGCGCAAGGAGAAGAGUGUGGCUGUGCUGGAACAUCAGCUGAUGGAGGUGGAGGAGACGGUGCGUCAGUUCCGGGGGGCUGUCGGGGAGCAGCUGGGCAAGAUGCGGGUGUUCCUGGCGGCACUGGAGGGCUCCUUGGACCGUGAGGCCGAGCGAGUGCGGGGUGAGGCAGGGGUCGCCUUGCGGCGGGAGCUGGGAAGCCUGAACUCUUACCUGGAGCAGCUACGGCAGAUGGAGAAGGUCCUGGAGGAGGUGGCCGACAAGCCCCAGACUGAGUUCCUCAUGAAAUAUUGCCUGGUGACCAGCAGGCUACAGAAGAUCCUGGCAGAAUCACCGCCGCCUGCCCGUCUGGACAUCCAGCUGCCUGUCAUCUCAGAUGACUUCAAAUUCCAGGUGUGGAGGAAGAUGUUCCGGGCUCUGAUGCCAGUUAUGAAGGACCUGACCUUUGACCCGAGCACGGCCCACCCGAGCCUGGUGCUGUCUCCCUCCGGCCGCCGCGUGGAGUGCUCGGAGCAGAAGGCGCCGCCGGCCGGAGAGGACCCGUGCCAGUUCGACAAGGCUGUGGCGGUGGUGGCGCACCAGCUGCUGUCCGACGGCGAGCACUACUGGGAGGUGGAGGUGGGCGAUAAGCCGCGCUGGGCCCUCGGCGUGAUCGCGGCCCAGGCCAGCCGCCGCGGCCGCCUGCACGCCGUGCCCUCGCAAGGCCUCUGGCUGAUCGGGCUGCGAGACGGCAAGAUCCUGGAGGCGCACGUCGAAGCCAAGGAGCCGCGCUCACUGCGCACCCCGGAGAGGCGGCCGUGGCGCAUUGGGAUCUACCUAAGCUUCGGCGACGGAGUCCUCUCCUUUUAUGAUGCCAGCGACGCCGACGCCCUCGAGCUGCUCUUUGCCUUCCACGAGCGCCUGCCCGGGCCCGUGUACCCCUUCUUCGACGUGUGCUGGCAUGACAAGGGCAAAAACGCUCAGCCGCUGCUGCUCGUAGGGGCUGAUGGCGAGGAGGCCUGA